GGAUAAUUCCGUAAAGUCAUAGCUACAGUAUGUGGUUGGGGAGUAUUUUCUAGAUUUCAUCAUCCAAAAAAACCCUAGCAACAAAGAAAUCGAGACGACGAGAAUCUCAAAGUAACCAACGGAAAAUCCUCCGAUGGCAGAACUUCCGUCGGAAGUAAUCACCGAAAUCCUCUCCCGCGUUCCGGCCAAACCUCUCCUCCGUCUCCGCACCAUCUGCAAGUGGUGGCGCUCCCUCAUCGACAGCACCGACUUCGUUUUCUUCCACCUAACCAAAUCUCGACACUCCAUCAUCAUUCUCCGGCAAAACUCUCGUCUCUUCGAACUCGAUUUGAACUCCAUGGAUAGAGUCAAGGAACUCGAUCAUCCUCUCAUGUGUUACAGUAACCGCAUCAAGGUUUUAGGUUCCUGUAACGGCCUUCUCUGCAUCUGCAACAUCGCCGACGAUAUCGCUUUCUGGAAUCCGUCAAUCCGUAAGCAUCGGAUUAUUCCAUCGGAGCCGCUCAUCCGUAAGGAAACCAAGGAAAACCACGCGAUAACGACUUUACUGGCUGCUCGUGUUUACGGAUUCGGUUACGAUUCGUUUUCCGGCGAGUAUAAAUUGGUUAGCAUUUCGUAUUUUGUUGAUCUUCAUAAUCGUAGCUUCGAUUCGCAUGUUAAGAUUUAUACUAUGAGAACUGAUGUUUGGAAAACCCUAACGAGUAUGCCUUAUGCUCUAUGCUGUGCUAGAACCAUGGGGGUUUAUCUUUCCGGUGCGUUGCAUUGGGUUGUAACUCGAGAUCUUGAACCGGAGUCGCUCGAUUUGAUCGUGGCUUUUGAUCUAAGGUUUGAGGUUUUUCGGGAAGUGAAGCUUCCAGGAAGUGUGGAUGGGAAAUUGGAUAUGGAUGUGGCGGUGUUGAGAGGGAUGCUUUGUAUGGUUGAGAAUAGAGGGAAAGAUGGUUUUGAUGUUUGGGUUAUGAGAGAGUAUGGAUUAGGUGAAUCGUGGUGUAAAUUGUUUUCGGUGGAACAACCGCGUGAUGUUAAGUUGAUAAAAUCGUUGAAGCCUUUGGGUUAUUCGAAAAAUGGGGAUAAGGUUCUGUUUGAGCAAGAUAGUAAGAAGCUAUGUUGGUAUAAUCUUGCUAGUAAGGAUUUGAGUUGGGUUAGAAUUUCAGGAAUGCCUAAUAACAUUGAAGGAACGGUUUGUAUGGGAAGCCUUGUCCCACCUAUUUUGCUGAGACGAAAUGUUCAAAGCAAAAAACCGAAAUCUGUGGACGAAAAGAAUAAGAAGAAAAGGGAUGACUUCCUGUCCAAGGGAUUCAAAUUAACGCUGUAAGCGAGCACAAUAAGAGAGAAUAGUAUACACAGCUGAAAUCGGUAAACUAACAAAUUCACGAGUUAUAUCUUGCUGACGAGUACUGAAACUCGCCUUUGCUUGUGGGGAAGAGUUGGAAGAAUCAGUAACGAAAGCUCUUUCUUACUUGUUAAUUGCUUAUGACCUCUCUUUUCCUCCUCUGUACUGCCAUGAUUCUGCACCUUUUGUUUUCUCAGGAUUGAACAGGAACCAAGGUGCUCGAGUUUGCACAACAUUCAUCAUGACAAUUACUGAAACAUAUGAAGGGUAAGUCCAGCUGUUUGUAGUAGGACUGCCUAUACACCUCCUUCCCCAUUCUAUCGUUUUAUUGUAAUAAAAUGUAAUACUCCUCCUGAUGUUGAAACUUUUAGCCUCUUGGGAUGGUUGCUCUAUGCAUUUUGCUGUUUGCAUUGCAAUCACACUUGUACAGGUUGUUGUAAUAUGUAAACUCAAAUACAGUUUUUUCGUUCUUCGAUAAACUCAAAUACAGUUUUACUUGAA